AGGGAAGUCAGCGAUGGUGUAGGACAACGGACAGAUCUUAUACCUUGCUUGGCUCGCAUAGCUUUGGCCUCAUCGCGAGUGGCGAGAAGGAGUCGCUUGGGUUUGAGUUUUGCAAGAUGAACGGCCGCUUCGAAGCCAAGGCCAACAUUUGCGCCGGUGACGACUAUCGAUUUGUCGCUGAUAUCGGCAUUCGGGGUGGGGAUCGACGCCCACUGCCCACGGAGAAAAGAGCGGAUGGUGAGUUUUCCCAUUCCAACUGUGACCUUUGAGAGACACUGUCGAGGCACGCCAAGUGCAAUAAACAAGUCACAGCGGCAUGAUGAUUGCGUGUGUCUCGUGUUGUCAUUGGCCGAGCUUGAAAGAUACCGGUGUUUGCCGAUUCCUCAUUUGGCCGCCUUGCACACAGUGGCGAUACGCAGUCAGAGUGUGCAUGCGCAUUUAUCUUGCCAACGCAACACGCUGGCUUCAUUCCAACACCGCAAACCUCAACUUCAGACUCAGACUCAGAAGGUUCUAUUUCUCUCCCUGCCCCUCCGCUUUUCCAUUCCUCGAACAGAUGCAGGCUCCAGAACUGCCGGAACCGCGGCGUCCCGAACGCACCAAGAAGAAGAAGCGGACUAGAAAAUCGGAUCGAGUUGAAGAAAAGGCCUAUCAUGCAAGACUUGAGGAUGAUGUUACCUAUUUUCUGGAGGCUGCGAGAACGAGGGAGGAUGCAGCGGCAAUAAGGGCGCGGUUUAUUUCGAUAAUGGAUGAGUUGCUUCCCAAAGCGGUUCCUGACGUCCGACUUCACAUCGUGGAUCACUGGUAUCGACGUUGCACCACGGACAUCCAACAUCAAUCUUGGACGUUUUGCCUCGAGGAUUAUGAUAGACCAUACGGCCUAGCUAGUGAAGAGAUACAUAAUAACGCAAUCCCUGCCGUGUAUGGCACAAGUCUUGCUCAGGAUACUACUUUACCGAAUCAUUAUCACGAUUCGGUUUUCGAAGCUUUGCAGGGGUUCUCGAAGACCCAGCCUCCAAGCAUCUACCUACCCAACCCACUCAACGAAAGACGCGUAGAUAUAUUUCAGUGCUACGCAUCUAUUCGCCCAGAAAUAAGGGCUGUCAUGACUCUAAUACUUAUGUGGAAUCGCUCACAUGGUUUUGAUAUCGACCAAAUGUCACCUUUUGCCAUCGCGGGCAUGCUCAUUUCCUGGAUGCAGUCAGGAAAUUUAUUGCCGAAUCUCCAGGAUCCAAACAUCUUAAGUCCUAGCGAUCCAAGGAUUACCAUAAACCACGUUUCUGCAAUUCCUGGGGGCAUCCGCGUCGAACCUAUUGACACCACGUUUAAAGAUCCGAAGGGGCGGACGCCGGAUCCUUCUCCCCACCUUCCCCCUGGCGCCUUAUUUGUUGAUUACUUGCAGUAAGCCAGCUUUUGAGCGUGAUGUUGUCUCCAGCCAAUGGGACCU